AUGAUGGGCGAAGAAAGGCCCAGUCUCAGGACUAUCUAUGCUCAAGGUGAAUAUAAGGUCUUCCUGGAAAAGCUCUUACCAACGUCACCUGAAAGCGAAUUUGAUGACUUUCGAAAAGGACUUGGAGCCAGCAACGAACAAAUAGAACUUUUACUGGAGCUGGUCAACCUCGCAUUCAAAAACGCACACCUCUCCAAUUACGACUCAUUGGAAGACCCCGAGGCCAAGAGCAGACUGAAAGACGCAGUGGCGGAACCUGUCCUAUGGCUUGACCAAAAUCUGCCUGAAGUACCAACUUGGUUUACCAAUAAGUGGUGCACACAUAUCAUGGAACUGAUGUGGAGGCGUAAAGAUGCAGAACUGGCUGAUGAGAGAGCGAAAGUGAGGAAUGAAAAGCUACCAGAGACUGUUGAUUCCGUGGAAACGCCUGAGUCGGGUGCUGCACCGUUCUCGAAGAGUUACAAGGCUCCUCCAGCCCUGCCAGACGCAAUGAUACGAGUCAAGGUUUUCAGCGACAGAAGGGAUAAAGACCUGGAAAUGGUUUUUGGAUUACCUAUCAAGAAGUUCCUUCUUCCAGGUAAAUCGCCUGACGAGUUCUCGAGCUACUCAUAUGAUAUCUUCGUCAGAGACUUCGAGAAGGCGAUCAAUCAAGAUUUGGGCUGUAGUUUACCUCGUAUAACAAUUCUUCAGGGGACUCUAGGAUACUUGAAUCAGGAUGAACGAUUCAUGUCUUUUUACGGACAGCAAAGCUUCGAGUCUGCCCUGAUGUUCCUCUUUGGCAUCCCAGGUAAUGACAAUAUACUGUGCUUCAUUUAUCGAAGAGAGACAGAGGACGCGAGGAAUGCGAGACUUAAAGUGGCACAGAAAUAUUCCGAGAAUGCAUCUGUACCUGCUACUGGUUCAACAAGUCGAUCGAAUUUGUCCAACGUAUCGAUCAACGGGGCGUCACUUGGUAGAGGCACAAAAGUACGAAGCAGGAAGCGGACAUCACCUCCUCCAAGUCCUGCUCCACGGAGACCGCUUCCACCUCUGCCUGGUCCGGAGCGAGAACGAGGUUCCAGACGCCGACAACUUGCAAAGAGUUUGGACGCUGUGGCGCCAAUCCAACCGACAAAAGCCGGCGAAGAAGCAAGUAGCAUCAUCACGACGGCGAAGGGCCUCAACAAGCCACUGCCACCGAUUCCGAUUGACAAGCUUCAAACCCCUGAUAAAGCUCAGUCUUUCGAACCAGCUACCUCGCGAGCAAAGUCUGGAAGCAAAAUUCCCAUAAGAGGGGCUUCAAUACCACAUAAGACCACAACAGGGACGAAUGAUCAGACAGCAGCUACUUCUACCUCAGGAAUCGCAGCGCGUAAACCAUUUUUGGUGAAGGGGGCCAGCCUGAGUUCCGGUAAGCAUUUACCAGCCAAGGUAACAACUCGAAUUGCCCAACCAGCAAACACGCAGAGUCCAGCACCACUCGCACAGCACACAAAACGAGCUUCGGAUGCGGGCAAUAGGAUGAAUCCAAAUGUUAGUAAUCUGCCUUUCGGGAGUGAAGUUGUCCCUCGGAUAGACCCAACACCGAUUUCAAAGAAUGGUGGCAUUCGACGCGGAGGAACCAGGAAAUUUGGAACUAAUACUCCCUUCAACAAUGACUCCAGCGACAACCGAAGACGCACAAAAACGUCAAGACCACACCCAUUCCUACGAUCUGUCGAAGCAAAGAAAACUCCGAAUGUCGUAAAUCCACAAGAUGGGCCUUCUCGCAUAUCUAGCCAGCGGGCAGAACGUGAACGUUGGGAAACAUCAACAAAUCCCGAAGACCACACCCGUCGAUCUUUGGUCAAGCGAAAACAGCCAAAUAUGAUUGAAGCCGUAAUGACGGCAGCGAAGAGACGAGUUUCAUUUAUGUUGUCUCCUAAAUCGCCGACAUCACCAAACCUCUCUGAUGUCCAGGAGAUAAUUGACCAGAGCCCGGCACCUGGAGAUCCAUUAACUCCUCCACCUAAUCAGCCGGAUCAAGAGACCGGGCGAGUAUCAACUUCCACAGCACUAUCACGCAUUACUAGUACGAUACGGGACAAGGAAGUCGUAGUGAAUCCCGCGAAGAAGAAAACGCUGGGUCUUCUGAAAGUGUCCAAACCACGACUCGCUUCAAAGGCUGAUCGAUUUGGUGCUCAAGAUAAGCGCUAUCCACAUUUGUACACUGAAAUAGCGAGACACUCGUAUAGAAAAGGAGGAGAUGAGUUUGUCGACACUCGAGCUGAGCCGACAGAUGCAAAGGAUAUAGAGGAAAUACGUGGCCUCGGGGAGGUUGACGGCAACGAAACCGGUGAUGAGGAUGACUCCAAGACCCCGGCAGACUACAUGGUUGAGCAAUUUCAGAAGAUGCAAAACAUGCCAGAAUUGACACAAAUGCAUGAUCACGGGGAUGGCAUCGACCCCCAUGGCAGAAGCCCUUGGGAAGCAUGCUGCGAACUGUUCCAAAUCGACCCCACCAAAACAUCCAUAGACGAGCGAGUAAGUGUUACUGGUCUUAAGACUCCAAUCUACCAGUACCAGGCCUUUGGUGUAUACUGGCAGAUGAGAAAUUCUAGAGACAUCGGUGGAGGCUUUGUAGCUGACGAGAUGGGAUUGGGCAAAACACUCUCGUUUCUCGCAUACAUCGUAGUCGAGCGACAACUUGCCUUCCUAUGGGAACAAGUUGAGAAGUCACGCGCGCAGAAAAGUGGCACAGAUGGAACGCAUCUGCAGCCUGGAGAAGCAGGACUAGAUGCUGUAUGUCCAAGUAUGGGGUUCUAUGGAAAAGGCUGGAUCGCUUGUCCCUGCGCUUCGCCUGUUACUUCAGCACUUGCUGCCAAACCUGGUGUCCGCUUGGCAAUCGUCCCUCCCUCGCUAGUGCCCACAUGGGUUGAGCAGUGGGAUACACAUGUUGAUAUUGUGAACACGCUUUUGCAGAUGUCACUGGUCAUCGCUCAUGAUGGAAGUAACCCGACAACACUAGAUGGAAAGAUGGACAACCGUGAUGGGCGACAUCCAGCCGUCAUGAGAAGAGUCCAAGCCAACAGGAUCAAUUUUACUCAACGAGCACGCAACACUGAUGUACAUUUCUUUCCAGACCAAGCUCAGGUUGGGCAAGAACGCAUCCUCGUUGUCACGACACGAGACCACUACAACAAGACUUGGGCCACCAAAUUCGAAUACAAAACUCAAAUCAUGCCAGAAGACAAAAACGGCGUGGAAGACUUGUACAAGGGCAAGAGUCCUGGCGUUGUCUAUGGUAUCGCGAUGAUUGAUGAAUGCCACGAAGACUGGCAGAAAAACAAAGGCCGGUCAGCAAUUGCAGCCAGCCUCCCCAAAUACGGUCGUCCGUUCGUGUGGGGCUACUCUGGUACACCACUGAAUGCCACACCCAGAUCCAUUGAAGGCAUACUCUGGGCGAUCGAAAGUCUAUGGCCAAAGCGUGAUCGCAGUGAUAAAACUAGGACUGGGUUAGAACAAGAGCAAGACUCGGAUUUAUGGAGGUACUGUUGGAAAACGCUGAACAAUAUUUGUGUUGAGUUCGAAAGUGAGGUUAAGAAGGGAUCGGGUAAUCAAAUCAUCUUUCAGGAUUUUUACUUACGCUAUAAACCAUUCCUUACACUGCUCAUGAUUAGACGCACCACCGACACAACCUGGUUUGGACAUCCCCUCAUCAGGCUCAUGCCGCACGUUCAUCAAGACAUUAUUCUCGCGCAUAAUACUCAGUAUGAUGAGAAGAUCGAACAGUUCAGAUGGCUGAUUAAUGCCGAGAUUGAAGAAAAGCUUGGUGCGAUGAGGAAAGAGUGGCGGAGCGGAAACCCUACGACGACUGCGAAGAUGCCAGUGAAAUUCUCCUUCAAUUCUGAGACAAGACUUCGGUACAAAGAGCGAUUGUUCGCCACAUUCCCCUAUCUCUCAGUUCUCGGGGCCAUCAGCCAUCCUGACCACCUGGACUUGACAGUCGAAGAACUCAAGAAGUUCAGAGGUGUUGACGAGAAGCGGAAUCCGUACUACAAGCACCUGAAGAAUAUUACCGAAACGAGUGCAAAGAUGAUGUGGUUGUACAACUUUAUCAAUGAGUUGGACAAGACAGAGGAUGUGAAUGGCGAGGAACAAAAGGUGGUCAUCAUAAGCGAGUUCAACCAAGUGGCUUUCAUCCUCAAAUUGUGGAUCGAGAGACAUUUGAAAGGCAAGAACGGUCGUGUCGGCAUCAUCUAUGCUGGUCAACGACCCCGAGAUCGUAAAGCAGCAAUCGAAGCUUUCACCGACGCCAAAGACCACAAGAAAGAGCGCAAGCAAAAAGCAAACUACCAAUUCCUAGUUGGAACCACGCGCAUCAUUGGUGCGGGUCUACAGCUUACCCGAUCCUGUAACGUGGUAAUCAUGGAACCAGACUACGAAUUCCACCGCGAGUUGCAGGGUUACGCACGAGUGCAUCGUAUAGGACAGAAGAAUCCAGAGUCUCGCUCGUACAGACUUAUUGAUGCGCUGGAUCCGAUCGAACAGUCUAUACUUAAGAGACAGACUGCGAGGGGUGAAUUUCCUGGACGGCUUGAGGAAGCUGACGAGCGCGAUGUCGAGCCUGUUAAUGAGAUGGAAGAGUUGCUCAACUUAUUCCCAGAUGUACCACAAUACGACACGGUGGAAGAGAGGAAGAAUACUUAUUCGUAUAGCGCUGAUACAUAUGACGACUACAAAGAGCCGGGGCCUGAACGGCAAGACGAGAAGAAGGAAGAACAUCCAUAUACUGAUGACAUUUAUGAUGAGUAUAGAGAAGCUGAGCCAGAAGAUAUUCACGAAGAUACUAGAGCCAUGCUGUCGGAUUCUCGAUUACCAAGGAGGGGAGUGUCAAGGAACUUGCAAGCGCACUAUUAUCCGAGCUCCUUUCUCCAAGGCUUUGAUGGAAAUCGAACGUCUUCAAUCGACUAG